AUCACACGGGCCUAUCGCCAUCGGAGGCGUUGAUUUGUUUUCUGCAAACGUGAGUCUGGGAGUUUCAAAUGGGUGUGUUUUCCGACGUGCACUAACUGUUUGUAAAACUUCCAAACCCAUACGAAUAUCACUUCCCUCCAGCUUUCUACCGUUUUGCUUUCUUUACUGUGGCCUGCUCUUACCUCAAUUGCACAAAUCUUGGUCUCAGCGAGGGAUCUAGGCCCGAAACGUCAGCUUUCCUGCUCCUCUGAUGCUGCUUGACCUGCUGUGUACAUCCAGCUGCACACCGUGUUAUCUCGGAUUCUCCAGCAUCUGCCGUUCCGGUUAUCUCAGCGACUCUGCACCGCACUCGUGGAUGAUCACGUGGUUUUCACUGAUCCCGCCCUCCCUUCAUUCUGAUUGGGCGACAUCCGUCCGGUCAUGCACGGCACACCUGUGCUCCUAUUGGUCGCGCACUGACAUCAAUCAGCCAGACUUCACUGUGAGCUGGAGCAUGCGCAGUGCUUUGUGUUAUUGUUCGAAGCAAAUGAACGUCGUCGCAAUGUUUCAUUUUGAGACGAAUGAGACUGAAAACUGGAUCUGUCUUUUUACCUUCACAGAUGCUGCCAGAUCUGCUGAGCUUUUCCAGCAACUUUGCUUUUGUUCCUGAUUGACAACAUCCCAGUUCUUUUGUUAUUUUUUAAUAAGUCGCGAUUGAAAAGGCUUCCUGCAGCUCAAAGCUAAAGGUACUCUUGAUACCGCUCUGUCAGCCAAUAGAGAAAUAGCGGUGAAAUAAGGGUAAUAAAUACAGGUCUAGCAGUCCUCAGGUAAGAUGUAAAGGGAAUAAUUAUGAAUAUGAAGAACAUCACGUGGUGAAGUGAGGUGAGUGUUGUUCAUAUGAACUGUGAUUGGGCAGAGAGGGAGGUUAAUCAAAAAAGAACAAGCAGAAAAGAGAUUCUCAAGAAAGGUCUGUGCAAUGGAAAGCAACGAGAAUCAGAAGAUAAAAGCCCAACACAAGAAAAAGUUUGAAGACCGCGGCUGCAGAAACUCCAAUAAGUUGUUUCACUGCUCUACUGCCUAGUUAUUGACUUAAGCAGUAUAAUCCACAUUCAACUGUCGGAAAUGUGUUUGAAUUUCCACAUUGCUGUUUGUCCUUCCACUUGAGGAGGAGCAUUUGGAAUGGCAGGAAGCAGCUGACAUCAGUGAUGUUUGGCUGGAAGUACAAGGUGAAGCAGGAAAACUGUAGGUGAGCAAUGGGGGAGGAGCACAAACCCAGGGCAUCCAUCAAAUACUUCCAUUUGUUGCUGUAAAUAGGUUCUAGUUUUGGAGUCUGGAAUGGGACAGUAGAGCCAAGUGAGUGACGUUCUGCUUUCUGGGGGUUGCUCUCUCCGAAAGCCUCUGGCACUCUCGGUGGAAGGUGUCCUUGUUAGUUUCCUUCUGUGGGUGAAAAUGAGGUUCACUUCCCCGAGGGGGCAUGAGCACAGUCUUCCCACCUCAAACUUCAGUUUUGCUUGUUGGUUCCUCAAAGUGUUGACCCAGAAACCCGCACAGCACACACUUCAUUGGGGAGACAAUGGCCUGAGGUUGUUAUCACUGGACACUUAAUCCAGAGACCCAGAUACUAUGUUGGGGACUUGUGUUUGAAUCCAGUUGCAGCAGACGGCAGAAUUUGAAUUCAAUACAAACCUGGAAUUAAGCGUCUAAUGAUGAGCAUGAAUCUGUUGUCCUUUAAGGGAAGUAAACUGCCAUUCUUGCUUACAUGUAACUCCUGACCCACAGCAAUGUGGUUGACUCUUAACUGCUCUCUGGACAUUUAGGAAUGUGUAAUAAAUGUUACCCUGGCCAGUGAUGCCCUCAUCCCGUGAAUGAAUUUAAAAAGUACGUCAGGAAUUCCUCCUGUAUGCAAUGAUAACUGAUUUGCUUUGCCCAAUCUUUAUGCCAACUGAAGUCACCUGACUCUUGAAGUCAGUGACCUUUCAUCGUAGUAGAGCUCUCCCUUUCUGCUGGUGUCUUCAAUUUCCUUUUUAGUGCCUUCUGCUAAAAGUACCACGCGAGUUGACUGGGGUGUAUAUACAUCGACCACUGUCAAUUUCUGUCCCUUGAUGUUUCUAAACUGUACCCAGACUCCAUUUCACCAGAACUAAUAUCCAUUGUCAUUACCAUAUUAAUUUUAUUCCGUAACCAGCAAAGCUGACCUACCUCCUCCUUCUUGUCAGUCCUUCCAAGAAACUGAAUACCCCUGGAGCCCAGCUUCAGACAUCGCAGAUAUUUUGGUUUCUGGUUUUCCAAAACAUCCUGGAUUCUGGAAAAGUCUGAGUUCAGUAGAAAUUAGCAGUUGUAACACUGCUAUGUAAGAAAGAAGGAGGAGCAAAAAUAAGGAAUAAAGCCAGUUAACAUGAUUUCAAUCAGUUGGGAAAGUGCUUAAUAAUGUCUCUUCAUUAAGUAUGUUUUAGCAAUGCUUUUAAAACAAAAAUCGUAUCAUCUGAUUAAAUCAACGUGGUCAAUCCAGAAGAAGACUUUCCAUGAUGGAGACAGGGCAGUUGCAGGUAAGUUCAAGGUCACCCUGGGGCCAGGCAUGUUUGACAAUUUCAUUCCUUUUUGAUAGUCAAACAAGUGAGGUCGCAAAGAGGAAACCAACAGCUGCAUAGCACUUGGAUUCCCAAGAGGCACUUUGUAGGGUGUCACACUGGUGGCUAAUAGAUAAGGGAAGGGCUCUGGAACUGAAGGUAAUGUAUGAGCAUGAAUAGAGAGUUGGUGAACAUGCAGGACAUAACAGUAAGUGUUGUUGUGACUGUGAUGAGAGGAGUGCAAAGGAUUCGAAGGUCAAUGUAAACAUUGAAUUAACCUCCAGGAUGUUUUUAAUGGACUUUCAGGACAGAUGAGACCAUCCUUCCUCUUGACAGCUGACCAGCCAGUCUGGCCACCAAAUAAAUUAAUAGACGGAUUGGUCACAUGUGGGCAGGCCUCCUGGUGCCUUCACCUCCAUGGGCAAUAUACCAGGAAGGCUGUUCAGGGAAGAUGGUGAAGAUGGGAAACUGCAUCCAUGACAUGAUGCCCACGUUUACAAACAAGCCCUCCCCACAUGACAACCGCGUACACGGAGAUGAAGUGGAAAACAGCAGUGUAAUUAGAACUAACACGAAUUGAAGCGGAGGGAAAGGAGCAAUACCUUCGUGGUAUCACUCUUGGUUGUGAGAAGAGUUUUGAGGUUUGACGAUACUUCACCUUUCUCAUUCCUCAGACUCCAACCCACUUUGAUUCUGAAAGAUUUGACUGUUAUUUCCGGUCAGUCAGCUUGCCGAAGCAGUCAGAUUUCCGUCAUACUACUCUGAAUAAAAAUGGCAUCAGGAGAUGAGCUUCCAUCACAUCUCACUGUCGAUACCUCCAACGUUCAAAUUCUUAACUCUGAGACCUCAAAAAGACUCGUCGAAAAUUUUGUAAUCGCUCUCAUGAACAAGGAGCGUUUCUACAUCUGCACAUUCUUUUCGACAUACCAAGCAUAUACCACUGCUGAAAGUGUGUUGUACAUCCUCCUGGACAAAUAUGGAAGCUUUGACACCUCAGAGGCAGAAGAGAUUCCAGUAAUCGAUUCAGUGAGCACAAAGUAAGAUUUAAUCUUAUGUGUGACUUAAUUAAGUUUCAUCCAAAAUACAACAAUGUUAAAAAACCUGCUGGCACUUCCUGUAAGAUCUAUGGAGGGCCUUCCUCCCACAGCAAUGCAGCAAACACGAGACAGCAGCAGUCACAUUAACAAAGUUGCUUGAUUGUAUCAAAAAUCUACACAGAUUUUGUUUGUUUAAAAAGAAAAGUUGUAUCAACAGAAAAGAUCCAAAAGUGUUCAGUGAAAAAUUGCUCAUCCAUUCACUAUUCAGAUCUCCAUUUGUCGCCAAACAUUUAGAUAGCUGAGCUCUGAAUUAAGGAUACAACAUGAAGAAUUGAGGUUCCCACCUUCUCCCCUCCCCUCAGUCUGCCUGUGGUGUCUUUCAAAUCUCCUGUGAAGGUUUUGAAGAAAAACCUACUCGCAGUACAUCUGGAGGGUGAUCUAUUUUAUAAAAACAGUUGACCAAGAAUGAAAUAGAGGCAGAGCUGCAAUCUUUUCUUUGCUGUCAUUACGGUUGGUAUUGCUGAGCUUAUACAAAGGAGAUCUGCAGGCCAAUGUCCACUGUAGGAGUUGAGGAGCUCCAAUAUUUGCCAGAGAGACAGACAUGUGCAGCUCUCAGCUGGUGACUUAAUUCAUGCCCAGUGCGUCGUUAAGCCGGCUACUUUGCCCACCACUGACAAUACAGUAUAAUGGUGCAGAAGAGAGUUCAGCUUUCCUCCUGAACUCCCCUCCACUUUGCCAAGAAUGUCAUGUCUCAGGCCAAGGCCAGUUGACUUGGGACAUUCAGCCCUGUAUGUACAGACAGUAUCUGAAGUUCUUCAUUGGAAAGUUGGUUGCCCUUCUAUAUUUGGGCCAGGAGCUCUUUGUUUGAGAUAUUUUUAGACUUUGCAACAAAUAUAAAAUGUUGAAUAUAUGAAUCUGUUACAUCCUUCUGUCCCUCUCUCUGUCUUUACAACCACACUCCAGUCUCACGGUCUUAUCCUGUAAACUAUUGUUCAGGGUUUUGGGGAGACCAAUCACCAUAUUCUGUAGUUGCGUCUUGACCCGUUGUUAGAAAAUUAGCUCUCAAUGGCACGAAAUGCCGACUCAAUGUCUUUCAGGUGUAUGGAGAUAAUUUUCUUGUGGAUGUGGAUGUUUCCUCAAAUUUACUUGAUAACACUUUUCGGACCAUUUGCAGAUCACCUGACGGUGCAAACUACAAGGUAGAUGGGAAACCAUGCUCUCUAAAAUCUGUCAUGAAAGAGUAAAUUUGAAUACAAUAUGUGGUUAAGGUUUGCUUUAUUCAGAGCACAAGGAAUACAAAGGAAACUACCGAUGAGCUAAGAAUUACUGGGUACAAGUGUUUGUUUAAAAUGACAUUCUUCACAACUAAUUUCAGCAGCGGAAACAAUGCUAACAUUCCGAGCUGUGAGGAGCUUGAAAAUCCAAUUCCUCUAGAGACAGUUGCUGAGAUCAGAAAGUAAGUAUUGAUCCAAUGUGUGAGGAAAUGAUGCUUUAAUCAGAAUACAACUAUGUGAAGGGCAACCUCUGGAGGCCGCCAUUUUCAGGAACAUUAUUUAGAGACUUUCUCCUGAAACUUAGCAGCAUCUGUGGUGAGAAAGCAGAGUGGGCAUUUUGAGUUGAGGUUCCCAUGUUCAGAACUUCGCAUCUCUGAAGACGUGUCGCUUGGCUCAACUUGAACUCUGUUUUCUGUCUGUAGAUGCUGCAAAACCUGUUGAGUUUCUCCAGCAAUGCCUGCUUUUCUUUCAGCUUGUCGGCUUCUGUAGUUUGUUCUUUUACAUUAAAGAAACAGUUGGCUGUUGUUCUAAUAUUUGCUCUGUUCUUAGUGUUGUAAAAAGAAAUUUUAGAUGGAAGAUUGUGGUUCAUGCUGCAGGCCUUCUGCUGGAACUGCAACCUGGAGGCCUUGGCCGAUUCCAGCGGUGACCAACAAAGAGAUCAUUGCCGGGUUACUCACCAGUUGACGGUUUGGCUCAGUUUUGACAGCUGCUAGUCCAGUGAAAGGGAUGGCAGAUCAGCACCUUUCUCAGCCCUACUGUUAAUGCUGAUUGUCACUGAGGUUGUGUAAGUGGGCGCCAUCAGGAAAGUGAGGGAGGCAGUCCUUAGAUGUCAGGGAGAGCCCAGGUGAAAAAGAGAACUGGCCCAUGUCACAUAGCUUUGCAAUGUGUAGGUGGUAAACUCCCUCCCUGCCAUUUUCCUAAUCCUCCCACCUCCAAUUUAAUUGUCAGCGAAUGAUUGGCCAUGCAUUAACACACAGUCUUUAAUGGAAUAUUUCUUUUCCAAACAUUGGACUGUGCACUGCCAGUAAAUAUAUUGAAAAACUUGACUCUCUAACUCUGUUUGCAGUGUUAUUACAUGUCCCACCUCCCCGCAUCGCCCAAAAAAAUCCAGACCAUUGUGCUUUGAGAACUUGUGUGAAAGUUGAAAUCCCUUCUUCCUUGCAACUCCCCCAGCUCCUCUUCCAGACUCAACUCCUGUCACUUGCAAACCACCUGUUAGAGCUUGGAAGGGAAAAACAAAUCUCGAUCUAUUGUAGUUACAUACAUCAGAAAUGUUGCCUGUUUAACAAAUCCAGUUGAAUAGGACUUGACAACUUGAGAGGGCUUGUCAUCUGAAGAGUGGUUGAGGGUUUUGGUUCAGUUUAGGAUGGAGUUUAGAAGGAUGGGAGGGAAUUUUAUUGGCACUUACAGAAUACUGAGAGGCCUGGAAGGAUUGUACAUGGAACAGAGAAGAUGUUUCCACUAGGAGGAGAGAUUAGGACAUGCGGGCACAGUCGCGGAGUGAAGAGGCCAACCUUUAGAACUAAGGUAAGAAAGAAUUUCUUCAGACAGGGAGUGGUUAAUCUGAGGAAAACAUUGCAGGAAGCCGACGUCAUUCGGACUGUUUAAGAUAGAGAGAGAGAUGGGUUCUUGAUUAAUAAGGGGAUCAAGGGUUUCAGAAGAAGGCUGGCGAUUGGGCUUCAGAAACAUCACAGCCAGAAUUGAAUGGCAAAGCAGACUGAGGAGGUCGAAUGAGCUAAUUCUGCCCCUAUAUCUUAUGGUCUUAUGGAUUUGACACUAAAUAUUUCAUUGGUUCUUUUGUGAUGAAGCCACUUCUGGGUGCAAGUGUUUUUUUAAAAUGUCUUUAGUUUUUGCCUUAUAUAGUCAGGAAGGCAAAUGCAAUGUUGGCAUUUAUUGUGAAAAGAUAUGAAUCUAAAAACAGGGCUGUACCUCUGAGGCUUUAUAAGGCUCUGGUCUGGCCGUACUUGGAGUACUGCGUGCAGACUUGGGCCCAUAUCUCAGGAAGGAUGUACUGUCCCUGGAACGUGUUCAGAGGAGGUUCACGAGAAUGGUCCAGGGAAUUGAAACCUUAAAAUAUGAGGAACGGUUGAUGACUCUGAGACUCUACUCAUUUGGGGUUUAGAAGGAUGAGGGGUGAUCUAAUUGAAACUUUCAGAACACUGAAUGGCCUCGACAGAAUGGUUGUUGGGAAGAUGCUUCCAUCGGUAGGAGAGACGAGGCCCCGAGGGCACAGCCUUAGAAUGAAGACAAGACCUUUUAAAUUGGAGAUUUGCAGAAACUUCUUCAGCCAGAGAGUUUUAAGUCUGUGAAAUUCACUGCCACAGAAUGCUGUGGAGGCCAGGAAAUUUAAAACUGAGACAGAUAGGUGCCUGAUUAUCAAGGGGAUCAAGGGCUAUGGGGAGAGAGCAGGAGAAUGGGGUUGAGGAACUUAUCAGCCAUGACGAAAUGGCAGAACAGACUCAAUGGGCCGAAUGGCCUAAUUUCUGCACCUAUGUCUUACGGUUUUGUGGUCUUAAAUAAUUGCAGGUCUAAAACCUUUGACAGCCCAAACUCUGAGAAAGAUGAAGAACCAAGUUCACCAAAAGAGACAGCAACAAUUUCAAAUUCUGGAAAUGUUGACAGUGCAAAUGGUGAGGAAAAUGGAAGUUGUGUUUCUUCAGGAUCCAGCGAAAUAAUUGCUGAAUAUGGAAGCUUUGACACCUCAGAGGCAGAAGAGAUUCCAGUAAUCGAUUCAGUGAACACAAACAUCGGGAACAAUGAUAACAUUCUGAGCUGUGAGGAGCUUGAAAAUCCAAUUCCUCCAAAGACAGUUGCUGAGAUCAGAAAGUCUAAAACCUUUGACAGCCCAAACUCUGAGAAAGAUGAAGAACCAAGUUCACCAAAAGCGACUGCAGACAUUUCAAAUUCUGGAAAUGUUGACAGUGCAAAUGGUGAGGAAAGUGGAAGUUGUGUUUCUUCAGGAUCCAGCGAAAUAAUUGCUGACUGUGAAAGUGUUGAGUCCAAACACUGUCCGAAUUCUGAUGAAAUUCAGAAUUUAAGUUCACCGGAGAAGGGAGCGACAGUCAAGAAAAGCAUAGACUUCAACAGAUCAAGCUUUCUAGAAGAAUAUAAUUUCAGUCCUGCAGAAAAGGAAACACUAAUGAAAAUUGCUAUACCUGAAAUUCUUGAAAUCUGGCUGGAGGAGUCUGCCGAAGACUUUCGUCAAGUUCCAACUUACUCUUGUCUCCGGAAGGUACUUUCCUACUUGAACCAGACAGUGCCAGGGUCAGAUGCUGAAGAACGGGCCCAGAAACUCCUGAGUCGUUUUUUGGCGGAGGAAGCAGCGGAGAAAGAGAUGUUCAAAGGCUACCGUAGAAGAGUCAGAUUCUGUGUGGGAGAAGAACACGACCAAACCAUCGAACAAGUUGACGAAAAGCUCCUGUCCUACCCAUCACGCUUCAUUGCAGAGCAGCUGACUUUUAUGGAUGCUGAUCUUUUUCGGAAACUUGUGCCCAGCCAAUGUUUAGGGUCCAUCUGGUCUCAACGAGGGAAGGAAGAAAAACACCAUCUGGUAUCAACCGUCCAGGCCACCAUUACACAGUUCAAUAAUGUUACAAAAUGUGUCACCAGCACCAUAUUAAGACCUCAACAGCUGAAACCACGGCAGACGGCUAAAAUCAUUGAGAAAUGGAUUGAUGUUGCCCAGGAAUGUCGGAUCUUGCAGAAUUUCUCGUCAGCGCAUGCAAUUACUACGGCAUUGCAAUCAAAUAGUGUGUUCAAUUUGAAGAAGACUUGGGCAGCCGUGUCAAAGAGCAGUAAGAUAACAUUUGAAGACCUUUCAAACAAUGAAGAAGAUAACUUUAUAGCAAGUAGAGAGCUGCUAAUGGUGGAUAUAGUUCAGGGAAUUGUGCCGUACCUGGGAACUUUCUUAACAGAGUUUUCAGUGCUGGAUUCAGCUUUCCCUAAUUACCAUUCAAAUGGCUGGAUCAACUUUGACAAGAGACAAAAACUCCUCUGAACUCGAGAAACCGCCAAAGCCCAAAAAGAGUGUGUUGAAGCGCCUCAGCUGCCUGUUUUCAAGGAGAGGUGUUAAAGUACACAGCGCUCCAACUAAAAGCUCUGAGCAGCC